GUAGAUUUAUAACUUAACCCAACUGAUAAGAAUUUACUUGUGGGUUCUCAGACGAGGUUCGAACUCGAGUAAACCGUGAAAUUCUUGCUUGACACAAGAUGUAAACAACGAGACUCGGAACGGUUCGAGUAUGUGUCAACUAUCUGAUAAGGUCUUAGCGGAAGACAAACUCUAACACGAGCGCUCAUAAACAGGUAGAUCUUUGACUCGCGUGUCUAUAAAAUGUUGGCCGAAAUAAACCUUUUCGAACAAAAAAUAGAGGAAUUUUUGAUAGGUGAAAGGUGAAAAUGAUCGUUAAAUUCUUAGACGUCAAAAAUGGUAAAUAACGGCCUGAGUUAUGAGUGCGGGUGUUAUUAUUUUAUAAACAGUCAUCGAGCAGAGUCGACAAAGACGUAUCAGAUGGACACCUCGAAUCGGACCUUUCCUGCGACCCAAAAAGUUUCGUCUUGCACUUGGAGACAAAGGAGAGACCAAUCGGGAAGCGAGGAAUGGGACGAGGGACCAAUCCGAAAUGCGAACAGUGGGGGAAAAACUAUAAAAAUCGGAACUUCAAGGUCGAAGAAGAGUCUCCUCCGGAUUAAACCUACAGUGGUGAAAAAUUGUGUUGUGCAUCUGCCACUCACCGAGGACACCGCAACGAAACAAUGAACUUCUGCUUCAUCCGGAUAUCCUUCUCGUCCGCCCGAACUGCGACCGAGAUCACGAACUUUCGCCGUUCCCAGGAGCACCGAAAUUUUGGAAUUAUCCUAUAUCGAUGUAAGCAUGAAUUUGAACAAAUAAACGGGUUUUAUUUUGUAAAACACUUGUGCAUCAUUUGCCUCCUUCGCCACCGCCCACAUACGCGGUUUCCCUUAGGCUCAUUCUGACGCGAGAUAGACUUUUUCCCCUUCAACGUCGGCAAACCUUACACUGGUGUCAGAAGCUCGAGAUUAUUUGUGUCCCACAACAUUUGAGUAAGUGAGCCGACGAAAAGUUUAUCUAGAAAGUGGGUUGAACGAUGGAGGCUGAUGCAGGUGUUCCGACGCGACCUCGAGACGGUAGCAGUAGCGGCUCUUUCUCCGCGUUCGGAGGAAUGAUCCCAACAUUUUCGGGCGAAACGAGACGCGUGUCUGAUUUUUUCGACACAUUGGGAGAAAUCGCAAGUUUGGCAGGAUGGAUGCCUCGCCAGUGUCUGAGCAUUGCCAAGUGCAAGCUCAUGGGCGUGGCUCGAGACUUUGCGUGGCGCGACCUGCAGAUGAAAUGCGUGACGGACUUCGAUACUUUUAAAACACUAAUGAUUCAACGAUUUGAUCGUGAGCCGUACUCUAUUAAGGUACAAAAAUUCCACGCGUGUACCCAGAGGAGAGAUGAAAAGGUGCAGGAGUUCGCGGUCCGCUUGCAGACUCUCGCUAGCGCAAUGGCCAUAGAUCACACGGGUUCAAACGAACAGGAGAGCGCAGUUAUUAAACGCUGUCAACAGCGAGAACUGGACGAAAAAUUGCGUGUCCAAUUCUUGCAUGGCCUAACUGAUAGACUAAAGAGGCAGGUUAUGACGCACGAUCCGGCGACCUUCGCCGAAGCGCUUAAAAUUGCGAUCCGCAAAGAGACGAUAGAUCAAUUAGCAGGAAAAACGCGGAGUUUAGUCGCCAGUGUAGGCGAUACCAUAGAUAAUUGUGACGCUCAGUCAGAGGAGGCCAAUUCACGGAGAGAAUCGGCUUUCAACACUAAAAUCGCACAACUUUCGAAGCAAUUAGUCACAUUAGGGAAAAGAUUAGAUCAACAGCCUACGCGUCAGCAAACAAACGGCUUCCGACGAGAACCCUCGCGAACCAAUCGAACCCAAGAAGCUGAAAGGGCGAACAAUGGGAUGCGAAAUCCGCGCUAUCCCCCAAGCCCGCAGCGUCGUACACCGCAACAGUUUUCCCCGCGAUCAUCGCUAGCCUUCCCGCGACGACAACCCCGCAUGCGUUACCCCUUUUACAAUCAAUACUCGGAACAAGGCCCAAUUUUUCCGUGGAGAGGAAACGAAGAACGAUAUUUACAAAACUUUUCGCCGAAUUUGAAUCCAUGGGAGUAUGUCCCAUUACCACCCGAAUGGUAUGGAGGAAACAUCCCUCCGCCAUAUCAGGGAAGGUGGGGAGCGAAACGCGACGCUUCCGAAUGGGCAGUCCCCACACGAAAUGUACGGAACCCUUUUCAAACCCAUCAGUCAGGACAAAUACCAUUUUAUCAGGCGCGAUUCGGGCAAUUCGAACCCGAAAGUAGCGGACAUUUUGCGCCCUUUCCCUUUUAUCCACCGCGUGAUAGUCAGUGUAGUACAGGUAGUGGCUUCGAAGCCGAACGAACGCCAUCCAACGCGACCCCUUCCAGAUUUUUAGCUUUACCCGCGCCAGAACGUAGCUCAUCAGAAAAUAAACAAUCGCGAAAUUUAGAUAGAGUCACAUCGGUACAAUUUCGAGAACGAAACUGCUAUGUAGAACGGCCUCCGGAAGGGCCAAUUCAAACCCCAUUAGCGGGAAUAAACGAAUCGAAAGGUAGAAAAUUGCCUCCCUGCACGAUGAUUUGCGAAAUCGAGGAUAAAGAGGUACGGUUGACAAUAGAUACGGGCGCAGCCGUUACCCUAAUAUCACGAAACCUUUUCCCUAACAUAGAACAAUUACCGCGAGCCGAAACGAGAACGGUAGAAUUAGUUAGCGUUACCGGUCACAUUAUAGAGACCAUUGGGAAGUUUAGGUUAAAAUUCAGAAUCGGACGAUUAGUCUUUUAUCAUGAUUGUUAUUUGGUAAGGCCCGAAAUCACCGAGCCGAACGACGGAAUUUUUGGGAGAGACAUCAUCGAAUUAUAUGAUGUCACAAUUUCGGUUAGAAACGCAACACUUAGCUUCCCCUCGGGCGAUAUUGUGUCAUUUUGGGGUUUGGCCGAGAUAAAGGAAACAGCCACCCGUCCUAGUUCAAAAGAAGCUAACGAAAAUAGUCUUAAGCAAAUUGACACAGACACACGUGAGUUGACAAGAGACGAUUUAAAUUCAACGCCAAUUAGCAAAAACGAGAAUAAAACAAAAAGGGAUGCGGAAACGAAAAAGAAAAAUAAACGCGCACGAAAUAACAGGCGAAAAAUAAAACGGGAGAAGUCAAAACAAACAACCGUUAAAAGUUUAGGACAGGGAGAGAACAACUCUCCUAAGGAAGUGACGUUAGCUGAAGAUUACGUCAUUCCCCCGCGGUCAGAGGUCAUCGUGGAAGGGAAAGUCCACUCUCCGGUGACUAAUCAAGUGGGAGUCAUUGAACCGACACCUCCCGAUAGUGAGGGAGUGUUUAUUGCUAGUACGUUAGUCAAAACACGGAGGCGUGGCAAAGUACCUGUAAGGAUAAUGAACGUGAAAACACAACCCGUUAAGAUUAAAAAGGGGAAUAAAAUAGGAAUCUUUCUUUUAGCAGAAGAGGAAACAAAGGAAAAUGCAGAGCGGAAUAAAAUUACGCGAUCAAAUGAAAUAGAGUUAACAAGAGCUCAAUUUGCGAAUUUAUUUGACUUUAGUGAAGUAGGGAAGGAUAAGUUGACCCCUUUGUUAGAUUUAUUAUACAAAUAUAAACACGUGUUUGCGAAAGACGAUUUCGACUUGGGCUAUUGCGAUUUAGUGGAGCACAAAAUAGACACAGGGAACAGUCCCCCGGUUUGUCGUGCCCCUUACCGAAUUCCGUAUGCGCAACGGGAAAUAAUGGAUGAAAUAGUGGAAAAUAUGAUUAAAAGUGGAGUAGUUGAACCGUCCAGCUCCCCCUGGUCGGCGCCUGCGUUAUUAGUUGCAAAAAAACCCCAAGGGUAUAGAUUAGUCGUGGAUUAUAGACAAUUAAAUAAACUUACCAAAAUAGACCCGUACCCAUUGCCCCAUAUUCAGGAAUCAUUGAGUUUAUUGGGAAGAUCGCGAUAUUUUACUUCCAUGGAUACAUUAAGUGGAUUUUGGCAGUUGCCUCUGAGUCCUGAAUCAAAGGAAAAGACGGGGUUCAGCACUCCUUCGGGGCACUAUCAAUACAAUCGUAUGCCAAUGGGCGUGACCUGUGCCCCAGCUACAUUCCAAAAAUGCGCGAAUUUGAUAUUAAGUGGCUUGAAAAACAAAAUUUGCCUCGUCUAUAUGGACGACAUUUUAGUAUUUAGUCCAGACUUUAAAUUGCACCUAGAAAGGUUGGAAAUGGUCCUUCAGCGCUUGGCGACAGCGGGACUGAAGCUGAAGCCCCGAAAAUGCCAACUGCUGAGGCGGCAGAUAAAAUUCUUGGGGCACGAAGUGUCGGAAGAAGGAAUCCGACCUGACCCAGCGAAAAUAGAAUGCGUUAGAAAUUUCCCCCAACCUAAGAAUGAGCGAGAUGUUAGAGCAUUCCUGGGACUGACAGGGUAUUAUCGGCGUCAUAUAUCACAAUAUGCUAAGAUUUCAAAGCCUCUUUCAGACUUAUUGAAGGUCGAUGUAAAGUUUCACUGGGGCGAGGAACACAAAGUCGCGUUCGAAAAGCUAAAGGAAAUUUUGAUAACAGCACCCCUAUUAAGAUCCCCAGACUUUGGUAGUCCAUUUGUGUUAGCGACAGAUGCCUCAAACGUCGCGAUAGGUGCCGUGUUGUCACAGGAAGAUGAGCGUGGAGAACUCCCAGUGGCAUAUGCUAGUAGACUGUUAAAGCCGGCAGAAAGGAAUUAUAGUACUACAGAGAAGGAAUGUCUGGCCGUGAUUUGGUCAAUUAAGCAUUUUAGACCAUACCUGUAUGGGAAAAAGUUUAAAAUAAUUACAGAUCAUAGACCCCUUAGGUGGCUCAUAAACGUUAAAGAUGAAAGCUCAAGACUUAGUCGUUGGAAUUUAGCAUUACAGGAAUACCAAUUCGAGAUAAUACACAAACCGGGAAAAGCACAUACCAAUGCAGAUGCGCUUAGCAGAAUGCCCGUGGCUAAGAUUUGUGAAAUGCAACCCAUAUACAGUAAAGAACAAGUUAGGGAACAACAGCAAAAAGAUCCCUUUUGUAGUCAAGUAAAGAAACAAUUAAUGGGAGACCCAUCCUCACGAGAUACAAACUUAGAUGCAACAAACUUUUAUUUAGAUGCAGAUCAAACCCUUUAUCAUAGGAAAACGAUACCGGAAAGGAACGAAGUAUGGGAUAGACUAGUGAUUCCCCAAAUAAUGAUAGAAUAUAUUUUGAAAUUGUUUCACGACAUUCCCAGCUCAGGACACUUAGGUGCUAAAAAAAUGCGUAAGAAAUUACAAAACCAGUUUUAUUGGCCAGAAAUGAACAAACAUAUUACGCACUACUGCGAUAGUUGUCAGGAAUGCGCGAUAAGGAGAAGACCCCUGCAUGGUCAUCAAGCCCCUUUGCAGACGUUUCCGAAGAUAUCGAGACUUUUCGAGCGUACUGCAUUAGAUAUUCAGGGUCCACUCCCCACUACUCAUAACGGAAACAAAUACCUAUUAGUCUUUGUCGAUCACUUCUCUAGAUGGGCAGAAGCAAUCCCGUUACCCGAUAUUACCGCCAAAACAGUGGCGAAGGCAUUCGUAACCCAAAUUAUUCUAAGACAUUCGGUCCCAAGACAAUUACUUACCGAUAGAGGAUCUAACUUCGUAUCCAAAGUUAUGAAGGAAGUCUGCGAAUUGUUACACGUAGAAAGGCUCCUUACAACAGCGUACCACCCCCAAUGUAACGGCAUGGUCGAACGAUUGAAUAAAACUCUCAUAGACAUCUUGACUCAUUAUGUUGACGCAGAUCAGCGCAAUUGGGAUGAAAUGAUCCCUUAUGCUCUUUUCGCUUAUAAUACUACCGUGCAUUCGAGCACAAAUGAGACCCCCUUUUUCCUUUUAUAUGGACGCGAUCCGACUUAUCCCUUUGAUAUCGUUACCGAACCAAAUAAACCCCGAUAUGACGUAAGCGAAAAUUAUGCGAGCGAACUAAGAGUGAGGUUGGCCUCAGCCCACAAGAUAGCUCAGGAACACGCGGAAAAAGCUGCGAACGACAGGAAUACCUAUCAUCAACGUAAGCACAAGCCGUACAAAUUUGCGAUAGGCGAUAGAGUCUUCGUCAAUGAAGUGGCUAUCCCCACAGGAUUGAAACGAAAAUUAGCGCCGCGAUGGCACGGUCCCUAUAGAAUAGUUGCAGAAACGAGUCCCGUAGAUUUUGUAGUUCAGCAUGUUCAUUCCGGGAAACAAUUGCACACACACGCGAAUCGGAUGAAGCCGGCAAUCGCAAGGAUGGAAUUUGUAACGCCUGAUGCAGGCAGAGAGGAUGCUGACACAGCAGACACAGAUAUCCCUCCUCUAACGGCAAAACAACCACAAGUAGAAUGCGUUGACCCCUGGGACGAGAUCAUUUUAGAAGCACUCCAAAACAAUUCGCCCGAUCCAAAAGAUACCGCGGAAAGAACAGAGAUCGAGCGACCCGUGACCCCUCCUCCUCAAACCUCACACCGAUACGCUCUCCGGAGUCAAGGACCUGUGAGUGAAUAUCCCUGGGUACUUCCCAAAUCGUCGGGAAAUAUUCAGCCGAAGGUGACGACGGUGCGAGACGCGGAUGUUCCCGGGACUUCUCAACAGAGGGAGGACCCCCCGCGACUGCUACCGUUCGCUCCUACCGGUCUAUUUACCCAUUGUAAAUGGUAGCUUCUCUUUCUCGUGGAAGAGAGGUUGUCAUCUUCCGGAUGGAAAGAGGUCAAUUGUAAAUACGCGUACGCUUUCAAAUUUAUUGUCGCGAAGUCAGAAAUGGUAGUAAUGUGAACUUCCUUU